UACUUUGGGGUCUGUCGGCUCGCUCUGAUCCGAGCCGAUUCCGAGAAGCAGCCUCAGGUUAUGAAUUCUCCGCUGCGGUUCUUUCCGCACAUGAACACAACGAGAGUUGCCAGUUAAAGGAAAAGUGACCAGUGCAGAGGACGACGUGAUCACCAUGAAGGGAAAUGGUCUGGUUGCAUUGCUGGUUGUAGGUUUGGGAGUCAUAGGAAUCUUAGUGUCAGCAGCUACAGAAGAUUCCCAGUGCCAUCGAGCUGAGCACCCUGUUAUAAUGUAUAAAGAAAUUGCCCCCUGGUUACAUGUGUUCAGAGCAGAGAAUGCUGUGGACUUCUCACAAUUAACAUUUGACCCGGGACAAAAAGAACUUAUUGCUGGAGCAAGAAACUACCUCUUCAGGUUACAUCUUGAAGAUCUAUCUCUAAUCCAGGCAGUGGAGUGGCAGUGUGAUGAAGCUACUAAAAGAGCCUGUUACAGUAAGGGCAAAUCAAAGGAAGAAUGCCAGAACUAUAUCCGUGUGCUUCUCGUUGGCGGUGACCGGCUCUUCACCUGUGGAACCAAUGCUUUCACUCCUAUUUGCACCAAUCGGACGUUAAGCAACCUGACAGAGAUACAUGAUCAGAUCAGUGGCAUGGCUCGCUGUCCGUACAGUCCUCAACACAAUUCCACAGCUCUUCUUACUUCCAGUGGGGAGUUAUAUGCUGCUACAGCCAUGGAUUUCCCAGGAAGGGAUCCUGCCAUUUACCGCAGUCUGGGGGCUCUUCCUCCUCUCCGCACUGCACAGUACAACUCCAAGUGGCUCAAUGAGCCAAAUUUUGUGUCAUCCUAUGACAUUGGAAACUUCACCUACUUCUUCUUCCGAGAGAAUGCAGUAGAGCAUGACUGUGGAAAAACAGUCUUUUCCCGGGCUGCUCGGGUUUGCAAAAAUGAUAUUGGGGGCAGAUUUUUGCUAGAGGACACCUGGACAACCUUUAUGAAGGCUCGUCUGAACUGCUCUCGCCCUGGAGAAAUUCCAUUUUACUACAAUGAAUUACAAAGCACUUUCUUCCUGCCAGAAUUGGACUUAAUCUAUGGGAUCUUUACAACUAAUGUGAACAGCAUAGCUGCCUCAGCAGUUUGUGUUUUCAACUUGAGUGCCAUAACUCAGGCCUUCAACGGACCAUUCAAAUAUCAGGAGAACUCCCGCUCUGCCUGGUUGCCGUACCCCAAUCCCAACCCUAAUUUCCAGUGUGGUACAAUGGACCAGGGUCUGUACAUGAAUCUGACUGAGAGGAAUCUUCAGGAUGCCCAAAAAUUUAUUCUAAUGCAUGAGGUGAUUCAGCCAGUUAUUCCAAUUCCUUACUUCAUGGAGGACAACAGCCGAUUUUCCCAUGUGGCAGUGGAUGUGGUGCAGGGCAAGGACAUGCUUUUCCAUAUCAUCUAUCUGGCCACAGACUAUGGCACUAUUAAGAAAGUACUCGCUCCAAUGAAUCAGACUUCAAGCAGCUGCUUACUUGAGGAAAUUGAGCUCUUUCCAAGGAGGCAGAAAGAACCUAUCAGGAGCCUGCAGAUUCUGCAUAGCCAGAGCGUUCUGUUUGUGGGUCUUCAAGAACAUGUAGUAAAGAUUCCCCUGAAGAGGUGUCUGUUUUACAAAACACACAGUGCAUGUAUUGGAUCCCAGGAUCCUUACUGUGGCUGGGACAUGGUGAUGAAGAAAUGCACAACACUGGAAGAAAGUCUAAGCAUGAGUCAGUGGGAGCAAAGCAUCACUGUGUGUCCAACCAGGAAUUUGACUGUGGAUGGGAAUUUUGGAGUGUGGUCUCAAUGGAAACCCUGCACCCACACUGAUGGUACCAGUGUUGGCUCCUGCCUCUGCAGAACUCGCUUGUGUGACAGUCCAGCACCUCAGUGUGGAGGCUGGCAGUGCGAAGGACCAAGUAUGGAGAUUGCCAACUGCUCCAGAAAUGGGGGCUGGACUCCAUGGACUUCCUGGUCACCCUGCAGUACCACCUGUGGAAUUGGUUUUCAAGUCCGCCAGCGUUCAUGCAGCAAUCCAACUCCUCGGCACGGGGGCCGUGUGUGUGUGGGACAGAACCGUGAGGAGAGAUACUGCAAUGAGCACUUGCUGUGCCCUCCACAUACGUUUUGGACAGGCUGGGGUCCGUGGGAACGUUGCACUACCCAAUGUGGGGGUGGGAUUCAGGCUCGUCGCAGGACGUGUGAGAAUGGCCCUGACUGCCCUGGCUGUAAUGUGGAGUAUCAACCUUGUAACACCAAUCCCUGUCCAGAGCUCAAAAAGACCACCCCCUGGACUCCCUGGACUCCGGUCAAUAUCUCAGACAAUGGUGGCCACUAUGAACAACGAUUCCGAUACACUUGUAAGGCACGCUUGCCUGACCCAAAUUUGCUAGAGGUUGGAAGACAAAGGAUUGAAAUGCGUUACUGUUCCAGUGAUGGUACCAGCGGAUGCUCAACAGAUGGACUGUCAGGGGAUUUCUUGCGUUCUGGACGAUACUCCGCUCAUACAAUUAAUGGAGCCUGGUCACCAUGGACUCCAUGGUCUCAGUGCAGUCGAGACUGCAGCAGAGGUAUUCGCAACCGCAAGCGUGUCUGCAACAAUCCUGAGCCCAAAUAUGGAGGUCUUCCGUGUCUGGGCCCAUCUCUGGAGUACCAGGAAUGCAACAUCUUGCCUUGUCCAGUUGAUGGAGGUUGGUCCUGUUGGUCAUCAUGGUCAAAGUGCUCAGCAACUUGUGGAGGUGGACAUUACAUGAGGACCCGCUCAUGCACAAACCCAGCCCCAGCCUAUGGAGGGGACAUCUGCCUUGGACUUCACACUGAAGAGGCACUUUGCAACACACAAUCCUGUCCAGACAACUGGUCCGACUGGUCUGAGUGGUCUGAUUGUGAUUCAUCCGGAGUCCAGUUCCGCGUUCGUCAGUGUAUCAUUUUAUUUCCUGUGGGCAACCAAUGUUCUGGGAACACCACUGAGAGUCGAGCUUGUAUUUUCGAUUCUAACUUCAUACCAGAAAUAUCAGUAGCAAGAUCUAGCAUCAUAGAAGAAAAACUUUGUGGUGAGUUUAACAUGUUCCACAUGAUUGCAGUGGGCUUGAGCAGUUCUAUACUUGGCUGCCUCCUUACACUGCUUGUUUACACUUACUGCCAACGAUAUCAGCAGCAAUCCCAUGAUGCAACUGUUAUUCAUCCAGUGUCGCCAGCUCCUCUUAAUACCAGUAUCACUAACCAUAUCAACAAACUGGACAAAUAUGAUUCUGUAGAAGCCAUCAAGGCAUUUAACAAAAACAACCUGAUCUUGGAGGAGAGAAACAAAUACUUCAAUCCACAUCUUACUGCAAAGACCUAUUCUAAUGCCUAUUUUACAGAUCUCAAUAAUUAUGAUGAGUACUAAUGGAUUUGUGUAUUUUCUGGCCUCUGGUAACUCCCCAGUCCCCCAAAGCCUGUGCUACAUGACCGCUCAUGUGUUUGAGGCUUCAGAGAUGAAGUUCGGAGACAUUUCAAGCACAGUCCAAGCCAUCAGUAUCCCAUUGCUGCCAAAAAAACAAACACCUGUAUGUGACAUGAUAUUCCCUUUUGCAAGAGUGAAAGGUUGGCCUGCAGUACGGAAUGCAGAUUUAGUAGCUGGACAUAGUGGAAUGAGGAGUAGAUCACUUUGUUCGUGUUUAUAAAUGUUCAGUCAGAUUUCUCUAACAUGUUGCAAACUAAUUUCUUGCGCUUUUUAAAAGACUGUAACCCCUUUGAAGAGGGUGCCAGGAAUGAGACUUCUAUUUCCUUUUGGACAUUGUCUGCUUGUUUCCACUGGGUUUGAGGAGAAAACUCUGCAUCUAGCAGUGGGGCCCUCUGAGGAGUCUUCCUGACAUGAUAUUGCCAAAAAAGCUCAUAGAACAUUGAGUAAAUGAUGAGGAGAAAUUCAGCAGCACAGUGUUAUUUUGUAGGAACUCCAACAGUCCAGAGUUAAUCUUCCUAGACUGUGAAGUGUUUCAGCUGGAACUCUUGGAAGUUUUCCAGCUGUUUAGAUCUUGAAGCAAACAGAAUAUACCAAGAGAUAUGCUUCUUGUGGCAAAAAGGGAAAUCUGAAGAGUAGAUGGUUCAAAGUUGUGAGAUAAUUUAAGCCUUUAUCUUGUUUUUUUUUAUUUUUGGGAGGUUACAUUUGAACAUUUUCUGCAUGUCGUUAGUAACUAAUGUUACUGUACUGUACGGACUUGCAUGAUUCAUGGCAUUCCAAAGACCUCUUCUCCUUAGAGUGUGCAUAUGGAACCCACUUGACUAGUCUGCUGUAGCAUCCAAAAACAUGCCAGUGAGCAGCAGAAACAACCGUACCAUGAUUUAUCCUCCACACCCUUUCCUUGACACUCCUGGGAACAUAUGCCUAAUAAUAGAAUUGCUUUUCUUCUCACAAGUCCUUGUUUAUACAUGCCUGUUUGAAAACAACAACAAAAGGAAGAAAAAGUGCCAGAUGUGUUAUGAAAAGCAUUGUUUUCAUCUUCUUGAUGUGUCUGAUCCAUGCUAAUCAACCUGUGCCAGGACCAUUAAUAAUGUUGUUUAAAGUGGGCUUCCUUUGAGGCUCCAUUGAUGUGAAUAUUUAACAUACUAGCUGCUUUUUAAGCUGUCACUUUUAAAUUCUUGUGCAAGGGCGGGUGAGGAAACAGUAGCAGUCCUCAAAUGAUGGCCCAACUUCUCUUGGUCUCCUCUUCUCCCACCACGUCUGUAAUAUUUGUAUAUUUGGAAGAGAAAUUCCUGGUGUACCAUUGAAGUGAAAAUGGCAGGGGUGUGGGACAUUUGUUCAUCCCAGAGUGCUGAACCUAAAGGACAAUUCAAAGGUUUCUAAAUGCUAUUCUCAAAGACUUCCUAAACAAAAUUAAAAAGUGAAUAAGAAGAUUUAAAUCAUUGCCUGUUUUUAAACUAUAUACCAUACCAAGAUUAUCACAUCAGAAAUGUCAAAAGGGGGGCGUGUUGGAGGGAGAAAAUGCAAAGUGGAGAUGUUUUAACAUGGAAGAGCCUGUGGUCUUUAGAUUAAAGUAUAGCUAGAUACAAAGGGAAAAGGUUUGCAAAGGCAAAUGUUAGAAUGUAAUGGUUCAAAAUUCUGCAAGGCAAAUCUAUUAAAAAAUGCCAAGGAACAUAGAAUUUUGUGUGAGGGUGUGUAUGAAUUUAGAAUCAUAGCAUAUCAAGGUCAGGGGAGGGAUAGCUCAGUGGUUUGAGCAUUGAUUCCCUAAACCAAGGGUUGUGAGUUCAAUCUUUGAGGGGGCUACUUAGGAAUAUGAGGCAGCAGGUCCAAUCUCCAGACAGAUUUUUGCCAUUGAUCCUGAAACAACCCUUUCAGGGAUUGAAUUUAUACCCCUGGGUUUAACAGGCCAAUGCUUAAACCACUGAGCUAUCUCCCUUCCUUCAGUAGCCCUCUAACUUAGAUGGCAAGAUUCUAGAUUAAUUAUGGGGCUAAUUCUUCAUAACAUGUAGUGAGCAAUACUUUUGAAUCGGAAUAGGUUCAAAUACCAUAUUUUACUUAGGUAUAUAUAUAUAUAAAAAUAAAUCCUCCAUCCUCAGACAGGUUCACACGAAAAAAUGUGGUGGCACUAAUCCUCUUUUGUCUACCAUUGUAAUACUGUACUUUUGAUGUGUUUCCUACGAAACUGUCUCACACAUUUAUUUCCCUUAGGAAAGAUGAAAUUACCUUUUCAAAAAAAUUCAAUGGAAUGGGGAGGGGGAACUUUCCAAAUCAUAACCAGUUUGGUAUUAGCAUCACUCUGCUGCUGCUGCGAAAUAAAACGCUUCAUUUAAAUAGCAUAAAGAAAAUAAAAUCUGAAUUGCUGCCACUGCCUGAAAAACAAACCAAACAGAACCAAACAAAAAACAAAACUAGAAACCCCACUUUUCUUCCUUGCUUCUCUACUAACAGCAGUGUUAGUCUGGCUUCUGUAUUUUAAAUUUAGCAUAUUAGCUAUUAGACCCAUAGUUUUUAAAAUAUUUAAAGUAUCUAUCUUUUGAAUUUUAAUGUUUUUAUUAAAAUUAUCUGAAAUGAGUCCAUGUUUUACUCUACAAUAUUUUUGAGGGGCAUAUAUCUAACUAUAUAGAUCUAUUGGCCAUUCCAUAUAUAGUCACUGUAUUAGAUUUGUGAUGGUAAUACCCAUGGGAUAAAUUGCAAAGCCAUAUGAUUAACUGCAUUUAGCCUUCCUGCACUCUGCCCACUAAUCCAUCUCCCACAGGACUAUUUCAAACAUUCCAAAUCUCUGAGCAGCUUCAAAGUGAUGUCAUUUUUUAAAAAAAUCAACCUGCCAGAGAAAUGUUUCCUUCGUUUCUUUCAAAUAUGAAAUGUAUUUCCCCAAAUUACCCUGUGGCCCAAGCUGGGGCAAUAAUUAGUCCUAUAGCACAAAAAGGUUUUAUGUCUGUAUCUCAUGUUCCUUCAGGGUAAGAAAUGGCAUCUUCAUAUCACUGGAAAAGGGAGAUCCCAAGUUUCCCAGUGGGACUAGUCUUGGAAGAUCCUGAGACAGAUCAGCCUUUAAAGCUGUGACAUUUUUGUGUGUUGAAAAGUAUUUUGGUUAAUUUAGAGGUAUUUAAAAUGUAUUAAUUGUGUCUAUUUGUUCUGCCUCUGAGAGCUGCACAGUUGCAUGUAUGGCAUUAAUGGAGCCUGGCCUUGAAGGUGGACAGAUACAAAAGUAGCGCCCCAGUCAGAUUUUCUUUUUAAUUUUUUAACCAUUUCUUUAAAAGUUUUUGCUCUAAAAUUGGUAGGACACACAUUUUGGUGUGAAGUGGAUUUCUGACGUCUAAAUGCACAUGAAAAUGGUUUUUUUUUCAGACCAUAAAAGUUUGAAUUUUUAAAAUCCUGUGAACACUUGCAUACAAUUCUCAUGCAAGCCAGUGGGCAUUUGUAUGAGGGGAAAAUUUGGCCCUAGACUCUUGUUCUUGUCUUGAGAGAGGAAUUCAAGUCCCUGACCCCUCUAAUUCCCUCCAGUUCUCUCAGAGAUUUUUGGCUCUGAUAUAGUUCUCUGUUCUGGAUAAAAUAUUAUAUUACUUCUAAUGGCAGGAUUGGCCAUCUCUAAAAUACCGGUGCUCGCUCAAUACAUUCAUUUUAAAACUUUCUUUCAUUUUACACUUACGUUUAAAUGAAACCUAGACUGAAGUUUAAAAUAAAAAUUUCUCCAGAACCGGCCAAAAUAUAUCAUCUUAAAUCUGCAAUUUUUUUUCUGUGUAACACCAGUACAAAAAGAAAAAAGGAAGAUUGCAAUGGCUGGUGCUGUAAAGUAUAUGUUUUCAUUCAACAGUUCAAAUUAGAGCUGUGUGUGUGUGUAUAGACAUUUGGGGCUUGAUUCAAUAUGAGAUACAUGGGAAUAUAUUGCUCAGUUGCUUGGAAAAUCCACUACGAUGCUUGCAGAUUGUAUCUUGUACUUCAAUUUGAAUCUGAAGUACAAGAUACUUUCAUCUAAGCUUACUUUUAGUAGAAGCUUUUUUUCAGAUAUCUGCAAUUGCCUGCUACUGCAGCAGUGUGGUUCAGAUAAAAAUAAGGGAGUUUUGGUUGGGGUUUGACUUUUCAUAACAGAGCAGGAGAUAAAGGGGCAUUGAAUUGGCUUUGAUUUUCUAUUAUACUAAUUAAAAUCCUGGAAAGGUAUGGGAAAUUCUGUAAAGUACAGGGAAGUAGUUGUUAACAGUAUCAGAAUCACACAGAAACCUGAGGGAAGUUUCAAAUCAAUAUAAAAUAAAAUAAAGAGCUACAAGGUGAUUCAUUAAAGAAAAAAGUGCUCAGCAUAUUGGAUAUGGCCAUACAAAACAGAAAAGAGAGUGAGAUUUAAGAUGUAAGAAAUGUUAAUGAAAAGAAAUAAUUUAAAUUUUUUUUAUAAUUAUAGAAUAAUUAAGGCCCCACUUCAGUAAAGCAUAUAUAUGUUUGUUUAUCUUUAAGCACAUGAGUAGCCCCAUUGAAAUAAAUGGAAUUUAAAUACAUGCUUAAAGUUUACUGUUUUGCUGGAUCAGGGCCUAAGACCCAAAUCCUGCAAACACUUUGAGCACAUAUAUAACUUUAUUACCAUUUAAGUAAUGCUAUUUAAGUGAAUCGUACUACUCGUGAGAAAAGUUGAUCACAUGCUAAAUUGUUUACAGCCCAAAGUGUCCUAUUUCUUUCUCCAAGAGCCCAGAAACAGUAGAAGGAAAACUGUGGUGCUAAUGAAAAUCAGAAAUGAAUUUACUAAAAGUUAAUUUCAAAUCUGGAUCUUGAUUAUCAGGGAAUUGAUAUGCAUUCAUUGAGUGGAAUAUUUGAAUUCAUUUUUUCCUUUGCUAAAUAAAAUUAAUU